AUGCAAGUCCUUAUCGCCUCCCACCUGGUGGCUGCGGUAAUCUACACGCAGCCCUCGAAUGGAGACCACGCCUUCCUUGCUCCCUUCUUCACUUUAGGUACGAGUGAUGGGGUCACCCCUGCUCCCCAGAAGCAGAGAUGGGAGCUAAGCAGGCUAGGGGAGGUUUGCUGCCAUCAGGAAAGAUGAGAAGGUUCACCCACCUGCCCGGGGCAACCCAGCGGACACCUGCUACUGAAAAGCCUCGGGUUAGGUACCGCCCCUAGCCUCCGCCUGGCUUUGCGCACAGGGAGCACACUGGCCCUUUAAGAGCGGCGGGCGCCGCGCUCUGGGAGUAGAACUGCGGAGCCAAACUCGCCGGGGACGCGGGGCGCUGGCUAGCUGGCUGGCGGGCUCGUCGGUCUCUCGGGCGGGUUCUGGGCGCUCCUCCCGGGACUGCCUGGGAAUCCAGGCCCGGUUGGGCGCGGCGGCAAGUGGAGUCACCGGCGGGAGGCGCGCGCUCUAGGCAGCGCGGGGGACCUGGGCAUGGACAGAGAGAGCAGGGCGCGCAGGGGGCGCCGCGGGACCGGGCGGCCGGAGCGCUAACCAGACAAAGGCUCUGGAGUUGCGCUUGCUCUCGGGGGCCGGGGCCAGGGCGCACCGCGCCAAAGCUGCGAGACUCUGCGGCGUGCAGCUCGGCCGGUCCCCUUCUCCGGCGGGCGAGUUCCCGCGUGCCCCGACCUGCCCUGCCCGUUUCUCCUCGGGUUUGGGAAUUUGCAGAGGGGACCUGAGCGGCUCCGGCAGGCACCGGGAGCCCGAGGUCAGCCAGGAGCCCGCGGGGCCGAGAGCCAGGGAGCGUCGCAAGUUUCCCAGCCGCGCGCGAGGACCCGGCGCCGGCUAGCGAGCCAGCCCCGCGGGCAGCUCUCGGGACCCGGCUGGCUGCCGAAGAGCAUGGGCAGCAGCGACCGGAGCGCGCUCGGACGGCCAAGCUGCAUAGGCAGUUGCCUCAGCGGCCGAGCUUGGCUGCUCCCGCUGCUACUACUGGUGCUUCUGGACUGCCUGGGCCGCGGUGCGGCGUCUGAGGACGCCGAAGUGUACGCCGCUGAGAACUGGCUGCGGCUCUAUGGCUACCUGCCCCAGCCUAGCCGACACAUGUCCACCAUGCGUUCUGCCCAGAUUCUGGCUUCUGCCCUUGCAGAGAUGCAGAAUUUCUAUGGGAUCCCUGUCACCGGUGUGCUUGAUGAAGAGACAAAGGCAUGGAUGAAGCGGCCCCGCUGUGGGGUACCCGAUCAGUUUGGGGUACGUGUGAAAGCCAACCUGCGCCGGCGGAAACGUUACACGCUGACGGGAAAGACGUGGAGCAAUUACCACCUGACCUUCAGCAUUCAGAACUACACAGAGAAGCUGGGCUGGUACAACUCCAUGGAGGCAGUUCGCAGGGCUUUCCAUGUGUGGGAGCAGGUCACGCCCCUGGUCUUCCAGGAAGUGCCCUAUGAUGACAUUCGGCUGCGAAGGCGAAAGGAGGCUGACAUCAUGGUACUCUUUGCCUCCGGCUUCCAUGGCGACAGCUCACCGUUUGAUGGUGCGGGUGGCUUUCUGGCCCAUGCUUAUUUCCCUGGCCCUGGUAUGGGUGGGGACACCCAUUUCGAUGCAGACGAGCCGUGGACCUUCUCCAGCACUGACAUGAACGGAAUCAGCCUCUUUCUGGUGGCCGUGCAUGAGCUGGGCCAUGCACUAGGGCUGGAGCACUCGAGCAACCCCAGCGCCAUCAUGGCCCCGUUCUACCAGUGGAUGGACAUUGACAACUUCCAGCUACCCGAGGAUGACCUUCGGGGCAUCCAGCAGCUGUAUGGCUACCCAGAUGGUAAGCCACAGCCCACCCAGCCUCUCCCUACCGUGAGGCCCCGGCGGCCAGGACGGCCAGACCACCAGCCACCUCGGCCUCCCCAGCCACCACAUCCAGGUGGGAAGCCAGAAAGGCCCCCCAAGCCAGGGCCCCCACCCCAGCCCCGAGCCACAGAGAGGCCUGACCAGUAUGGCCCCAACAUCUGCGAUGGCAACUUCGACACAGUGGCUGUGCUCCGCGGAGAGAUGUUUGUGUUCAAGGGCCGCUGGUUCUGGCGAGUCCGGCACAACCGUGUCCUGGACAACUACCCCAUGCCAAUCGGCCACUUCUGGCGUGGUCUGCCGGGGAACAUAAGUGCUGCCUAUGAGCGCCAGGAUGGGCAUUUUGUCUUUUUCAAAGGUAACCGCUACUGGCUUUUUCGAGAAGCUAAUCUGGAGCCUGGCUACCCACAGCCACUGACCAGCUAUGGUACAGACAUCCCCUAUGACCGCAUCGACACAGCCAUCUGGUGGGAGCCCACGGGCCACACCUUCUUCUUUCAAGCCGACAGGUACUGGCGCUUCAACGAGGAGACACAGCAUGGAGACCCUGGCUACCCCAAGCCCAUCAGUGUCUGGCAGGGGAUCCCCAACUCUCCCAAAGGGGCCUUCCUCAGCAACGAUGCAGCCUACACCUACUUCUACAAGGGCACCAAAUACUGGAAAUUCAACAAUGAGCGCCUGCGGAUGGAACCCGGCCACCCCAAAUCCAUCCUGCGGGACUUCAUGGGCUGCCAGGAGCAUGUGGAGCCCAGACCUCGGUGGCCGGACGUGGCUCGUCCACCCUUCAACCCCAACGGGGGUGCAGAGCCUGAGGUGGAUGGCGACAGCAAAGAAGAGGACCUGGGUGACAAGGAUGAGGGCAGCCGCGUGGUGGUGCAGAUGGAGGAGGUGGUUCGGACAGUGAACGUGGUAGUGGUGCUGGUCCCCUUGCUGUUGCUGCUCUGUGUGCUGGGCCUGGCCUUCGCCUUGGUGCAGAUGCAGCGCAAGGGUGCACCCCGCAUGCUGCUCUACUGCAAGCGUUCGCUGCAGGAGUGGGUGUGACCACCUACCGCCCAAAGCAUCGGUGCUCAGGUCCGCAGGGGGCAGGCGCGUGGUUCCAGAUGCUCCCUCAGCCCAGUGGGGU